AUGUUCUCCACUGCAGCAAAUCUGACCGCUAAUAACGUUACCAAUCAGAACCCAACUUUCAACAAUACUACCACUAAUGAUACUAACGAUAAUAAGCAAUCAUUAUCUUUGGCAUUGACACAGGAUAGUAAUACCAUGAAUCAAAACUCGGAUUUAAAUUAUGUUAGUCCGAAUUCACCUGAUUAUAUAUUUUCCAAUGAUUCAGUAGAUUAUUCUCAACGUAGAACUGAUUCUUCAAUUACACCUGUCAGUAAUACAAAUACAAAUACUACUUCCAAUUCUACAACUAUGUCUGCCACCAAUAAUGUCAUCAAUAAUUCUCUUACUAAUACUGCUUUAACAACUGCAAAUAAUAGUACCAUUAAUUUAAAAAAUGAUUUUUUGGAUUUCAAAACUAUUUCCAAUAAUAAUAAUAAUAAUAAUAAUAAUAAUAAUAAUGAUAAUAAACGUGUUAUAAAUAAUCAUUCAGUAUCUACUCCAACUGCAAUGAAUGAUUUACUGGCUCUUUUAGAUGACGCCAAUGAGAAAAAAAUUCAUCAUCAACUUUCGAACAAUAAUAAUAAAUACUCUACAGCUGUUACUUUACAAAACUUAGAUCUAAGUCUAGAUUUAAAUUUAAAUUUAGACUUAGAUUUAGAUUUAGACGUAGAUAUGGUAGAUAUAAAUAAUAACAACAACACCAACACUAGAGAUAAUAAAGGUGGUAAAGAAAUCCCAAAUUCAGAAAUGGAUUUGGAUGCCUUAUCUCCUCUUUUGAAUGAUCAUCAUCAGUUUACAAAUAAAAAUAUGUUUACGAUGUCUUCUUCUUCUGCUUCUUCACCCCCACAAUCAACAACAAAAUCCCUUCCCGCAUCCCGUGAUCUUGCAUCUACAUCAAACAGUAACAAUAAAAAUAAUCCAAACAUAUUCUUGGAUUCAUUAAUUUCCACAACAAACUCUCCAACAAAUUCAAACAGCAAUAAUGAUUUUAAUUUAGAUGAAUUAAUGGUCUUAGGAACUAAUGAAGAAAAAGAUCUUCAUGAUUCAAAAGUAAAUAACGAUGAAACAAUGGAACUAGAUGAUGAUGAUAAUAAUAAUAAUAACGAUCAAGAAGAUAAAAAUAAUACAAUUAAUAAUUUCAAUAUUGAUGAAUUUCAAAGAAGAUUAAGUGAGGUAGUUUCUCCCUCAUUACGUCCAAUAACGGAUUCAAGAAAUUCAAUCUCUCAUUCAAUAGAUUUUUGGAACUUAUCUAAACCUGCAAGUACCAAUAAUAACAAUAACACAGGUGUAGCUGAUCCAAAUUCACCAGGUUCAGGCUCAAGUUCAUUAAAAAAAGAUUCACAUAUAGAAAAUCAAGAUAAUUCAUUGAAAAAUGAUUAUAGUUUAAAUUUCUCAAAUAUUCCAACACAGGAAAGACAACAACAGCAACAACAACAACAAGAAAAGAAUUUAUCGAAAAACAAUACAAGGAAAAAUUCAAUUAUAAUGAGUCCGUCAAGUCCAAAACAAAUCCCUUCUCAAUUAUCCCUGUCAAAAACUAAAACAAAUCCUAUUAUGUUAUCUUCUUCUUUCUCUUCUUCGUCUAAUAAUAAUAAUCAUAACCAUUAUCGUCAUUCUCAUUCUUCUCAUCACAGGUCUCAAUCUCAUUCUUACCAUCAUAAUAGUAAUAAUAAUAAAUUCUUGACUCCAAUAAGUCCAAGAUCUACAUUAAGAAAAUAUUCUCAUAAUGAUAUUACUCUUUCAUCAUCAUCAUCAUCAACUAAUAAGGAUAAAGAUAAUAAUAAUGGUAUUUUGAAGAAUCGUAGGACUUCAGUACCAGCCGUCAUUAAUUCAACAAUUUUCGAUAAAUUAUAUGAUCAAACUAAUAACAAUAAUAAUAGGAUUAAAACCAUUACUAAUGCAAAUGUUAAUUUGAUACCUUGGGAAAAUGUACUUUCUGAUAAUGAUAUUGAUGAUAAUGAUUUUGAUAACUCCCAUCCACCUACUAAUACAGCCACGGCCAAUGGGAACGAUAGAAUGUUUAGAUCUCAAAGUAUUGAACAAGCUUUACAAUCAUUCAAUAUCAAUUUUAAUGGUGAAUCUGCUGCAUCUGUUGCUGCUGCUACUGCUGCUGCUACUACUGCUACAGCCACAGCCACAUCCAAUCUGGAAAAACAAGUACGACCACCUAAAUUUAUUAAACCUUCAAUGGUAUUAUCAGAAAAUGCAUCAAGAGCAGCUAAAUUGGCAACAAUUGGUGUAGACAGUUUAGAUUCAGUACAUAUUUCAGAUAAAGGUUUAAUAAAGACAACAACUCUAUCCUCCCCUUCUUCCUCGUCAAUGUCGCCAUCUUCUUUAUUAUUACCAGCCAUAUCGUCUUCAUCUUUGGUAAAAGAAAACAUUAAUAAUAAUGGAAAUCUUUCUCAAAAUAUGAUUAUCAAUAAUAAUAGUAAUAAUAAUAAUAAUAAUAAUAAUAAUAAUACUCCAAUUGAUUAUGAUUUAUCUUCAGGAACAAACUUUAUGCCAAUCCCAUUAUCCUUACCGAUUCCAACGUUACAAAAUUCUAUCUCCAAGAAAAAAUCAUCUUCAUCUUCUUCUUCAACAACGACUUCAUCCUCUUCAUCAAGAAGAAGAAAAUCAACUGCAAAUUCAGGUACAACGACACCAAAAUUACCUUCCACAACAACAACAUUGUCAACUGCAUCAUUAUCUACUGUUACAUCGUCUGGUAAAAAUACUAGAGGAUCAAGUACAACAACAAUAUAUGAUGAUCAAAAUAAACCAUUUAAAUGUUCAGAUUGUGAAAAGGCAUUUAGAAGAAGUGAACAUUUAAAAAGACAUUUUAGAAGUGUUCAUUCUGCUGAAAGACCUUUUGGCUGUAUGUUUUGUACUAAAAGAUUUAGUAGAAGUGAUAAUUUAUCACAACAUUUGAAGACUCAUAAAAAACAUGGCGAUUUUUAA